UGAUCUGUCCCCACCAUGGCAGAGUUGUGUGACCUUUGAGGAUAUGGCCAUUUACUUCUCACAGGAGGAGUGGGGGCUCCUUGAUGAGGCUCAGAGGCGCCUGUACCACAUUGUGAUGCUGGAGAACUUGGCACUUACGGCCUCCCUGGUUUGUUGGGACGGAACAGAGAAUAAAGACACACCUUCUCAGCAGAGUAUUUCUCCAGAAGAUUUGUCAUAGGUCAGGACUCCAAAGGUAGGUCCAUUCACCUGGAAGACUCACCCCUGUGAGAAAUAUGUCCCAAUCCUGACAGACAUUUUGCAUCUGGCUAAUCUACCUGGGCAGAAACCAUACUUGACUGGGGCUUGUGCAAACCUAUACCAGCUUCUGAAGCACUUGAGUGCAGAGAAUAGUGCCAUAGAUAAGGCAUUUGCAAAGAGCUACAUAUUACAUGUGUCAGGGCACCCUUUCACUGGUAGGAAGAAGGUUGGAAACGACUUACUGGCCACACUGGAUCUUCUCCAGCACCAGAUCAUUUCCAAUGAUGAGAAGCCCAACGGAAUCACCAAGCAUGGGGAGGCCUUUCAUGCUGGAAAACGUCAUUGCAAGUCACGGGAAUGUGGGAAAGCUUCCAGCCACCAACACAGUCUUGUUUAUCACCAGAGAGUCUGCACUAGAAAAAGGGAUUAUGAGUCUAGCAAAUAUGGGAAUGACUUCUGCUGUAAGUAUUCACUCAUUCAGCACCAGAGGGUCCACACUAGAGAAAGGCCUUAUUUUUUUUUUUUUCUUUGUCUUUUGUCUUUUUGUCUCAAGGGCAGGGACCGAACCCGCAACCUCAUGGUUCCUAGUCGGAUUCGUUAACCACUGUGCCACGAUGGGAACUCCGAAAGGCCUUAUGAGUGCAGCGAAUGCGGGAAAUCUUUCAAGCAAAGAGCCACCCUCAUUAUACACCAAAGAAUUCACACUGGAGAAAAGCCUUAUAAAUAUGGUGAAUGCAGGAAAUCCUUUAGUCAGUGUUCCAAUCUUAUUGAACACUGCAGAAUUCACAGUGGAGAAAGGCCUUAUGAGUGUGAGGAAUGCGGGAAAGCCUUUGGGUGCAAAUCUAAUCUUGUUCGGCACCAGAGAACCCACACUGGAGAAAAGCCUUAUAGAUGCAGCGAAUGUGGAAAGUCCUUUAGACAAAGCUUCACUCUUGUUCAACACCAGAGAAUUCACACUACAGCAAAGCCUUAUGUGUGUGUCCAGUGUGAGAAAUCCUUUACCCAAAGAGCCACUCUCAUUAGACAUCAGAGAGUUCACACUACUGAGAGGCCCCAUGAGUGUGGGGAAUGUGGGAAAGCCUUUGGCUCAAAAUCCAAACUUGGUCGGCAUAAUCUAAGUCACACUGGAGGAAGGCCCUAUGCAUGUGCCAAAUGUGGAAAAUCUUAGACAAACAGCCUAGUUGAACACCAGCGAAUUCACAGCAGAACAAGACGUUUUGAGUGUGAUGAAUGUGGGAAAUCCUUUAGUCAAAGCACCAGCCUUAUUCAGCAUUGCAGUAUUCACACUGGAGCAAGGCUUUAUGAGUGUGGGCAGUGUGGGAAAUCUUUUAGGCAAAAGUCUGUUCUCAUUCAACACCAGGUAGUUCACACAGGAGAAAGGCCUUAUGAAUGCGGUACUUGUGGCAAAUCCUUUAGCCAACGCUCCAGCCUCAAUCUCCACUGAAAAUUUCACACUAUGGAGAGACCCCAUGAAUUCAGGAAACAUGGGAAAUCCUUCACUCCGACAUCUAAUGUUGUUUAGUGCCACACUUGAAAAGGGAUGUGCUGUCUCCUUGUUCAUUUUAAGGACACCAGACAGCUUUUGUGAGGGAGCCAUCUGCCUGAAAUUGAGCCUCACACUUGGAAACGUCCAGAGGUGUGAAAUUCCUCAAGAGUUCCAGGCAUCUGUGGGAAAUUAAUUCCUAGGACGGGAUUAAGAUGGCAGAAUAGAAGGACUGGAGCGCAACUUCUCUUCUAAAAACAACAAAAUUCACAACCAAAGACUGAGCAUUCUUCACCCAAAUGGACCGGAAACCUGAAAAAA